AUGGGUAACGGAGUCUUCCGGUUUCGAGUAUUCCGAUUUCUAGGGGACGAGCAUGUGCGACUGAUGUUCAACAUCCAUGGGAGGAUCAUGGUGGAGCAGGUAAUGGAGCUUUCCUCAGAGGUGGCACACAGUGGUGGUGGGAGUUCUGUACACUCGACGUAUGUACAGGAUGACCGACCCCUCGCACCACCGCCCAUUCAUGUCACUCUUCCAGUGGAUGAGGAAGAGGACGAGGAGGAGGAGUCAGACGAGGAUUACGUGGCGGACAGCGACUUGUCCGAUAAUGGAGAUGAGGAUGAGUCUGUUCCAGAGAUACCUGUACAAACUGUGGCGCGCCAUGUCCUGCCUCCACCUCACCCAAUUCUGGCACUAUCGGCAAUGCCAUCUCACUAUCACAGUCUGGAUCUAGACGCCAUGCAUGAGAGGACUCCGUUUUCUGACACGGGUGAAGAGGAUUACAACCUAGAAGACGGUGUAGGGUUUCGGAAACCCUCUCACCAUCGCGAAGAAACCCACUCAUCACCACUCACCACUGACCGUCACUCCUGUUCGCUCUCAUCUCUGCGCUUCUCACCUUCGCCAACCCUGUCGCACACAACCCUCACCUUCGCCAUUCUCGUCGUCGCUGAUGACCGUCGCUGUUGCUGCACUGACCAUCGCUCUUCUUCUCCGUUCUACCCUAAUCGUCUUCUCCGUGCCCUAAUCGCUGAUGACCGUCGCUGUUCUGACCAUCGCUGUUGCUGCGCCAUCGUCACCAUCGUCAUCUCCGUGCUUCUCAUCAUCAUCUUAUCUGUGCUCACAUCGUUGAAUAUGUAUGGACAUUGCCAUCCUAAAAUUUUGAAAGCCUUAACAAAGCAGGCAGAAAAGCUGACCCUGAGCUCUCGAGCCUUUUACAAUGAUCAGUUUCCACCAUUUGCUGAGCAUUUGACAAGUAUGCUUGGUUAUGAUAUGGUUCUUCCCAUGAACACUGGUGCUGAAGGAGUGGAAAUAGCUCUGAAAUUAGCAAGAAAGUGGGGUUAUGAAAAGAAAAGAAUUCCCAAAGAUGAGGCUAUUAUUGUGUCAUGUUGUGGCUGCUUCCAUGGCUGUACACUAGCUGUUAUAUCUAUGAGUUGUGACAAUGAAGCUACCCGGGGUUUUGGUCCUUUAUUGCCUGGCCAUCUUAAAGUUGAUUUUGGUGAUGCAGAAGCCCUUGAAAGAAUUUUUAAAGAAAAAGGAGAACACAUAGCUAGCUUUCUUUUGGAACCCAUCCAGGGUGAAGCUGGGGUAAUCAUUCCUCCGGAUGGCUAUUUGAAAGUUGUUAGAGAUCUUUGCACCAGAUAUAAUGUGCUGAUGAUUGCAGACGAAAUACAAACUGGGUUAGCAAGAACAGGGAAGAUGCUGGCUUGUGACUGGGAAGAAGUUCGCCCAGAUGUUGUGAUACUAGGGAAAGCAUUGGGUGGAGGAGUUUUUUCUGUGAGUGCAGUUCUUGCAGACAAGGAUGUAAUGCUUUGUAUAAAACCAGGAGAGCAUGGAAGUACCUUUGGCGGGAAUCCAUUGGCCAGUUCUGAACUUCUUAAAUCCUAUGAUUAUAAAGUUUUACCUAAAGGAGCUAAAGCUACUGUCUCUCUAUGGUUCAGUUGCAUUUGAUGAAGAUUUUGAAGCUCAACUUGCUGACAACAAUGAUGUAAGACUGGAAGUGUCUCUAUUGGCGAGGAGCCCUGACCAAAAGCUUACUGAAGUUAGUAACUCAAUAGUUGAACAAGUUGGCUUAUAGUCCCCCCCAACAAAAAUGUCCUUAACAUGAUGAUAUUUCUAUGAUAAUAGAAGAACAUACUGAUUUGCAAUUUAUUAUAAGUGUGUUAUUUCUUUGAAUUUCUUGAAGCUCGUAACUUUGUAGUAAUUCGCCACUU